GGUAAAUUCCAGAAGAAAAAUGCCAAAGGGCGUAUUGAUAAAUACUACCGCAUGGCUAAGGAUCGUGGAUAUCGAAGCCGUGCUUUCUUCAAGUUGGCUGAGCUCAACAAGAGAUUCAACUUUAUAGAGAAGAGUAGAAUAGCAGUAGAUUUGGGUGCAGCGCCAGGUUCUUGGUUGCAAAAUCUUUCCAGUUCGAUGCCUCACGGCUCUCUUAUCAUUGGUGUUGAUUUGGUUCCAAUUGCACCUAUACCUCGUGUUACUACAUUUGUCGCAGAUCUUACAACUCAACACUGCAAGCAACUCAUCACAAACGAAAUGAAAGGAAAUUUGGCUGAUUUAGUUGUCCACGAUGGUGCACCAAACGUUGGUUCAGCAUGGCUUCAAGAUGCUUUCGCACAGAAUGAGCUUGUACUUGCCAGUUUGAAGAUCGCUGCUGAAAUCUUAGAAAAAGGUGGUACAUUUGUUACAAAGGUUUUCAGAUCUAAAGAUUACAAUAAUCUUAUGUGGGUUUUCAACCAACUCUUUAGAAACGUUUCGGCAACCAAACCAAACAGUUCUAGAUUGGUUUCCGCUGAGUUAUUCGUCGUCUGUCAGGACUUCAUCGCACCUCAGAAACUCGAUCCACGCUUUUUAGAUCCAAAGUAUGUAUUCAAGGAUAUUGCUGCCUUGGCUACGGAUACAGGAAAAGGCUCUGUUCAUGCUAAUGCCCACGCAAAUGUCUUUAUGCCGGAACAAAAGAGAAGAAAGAGAGAAGGUUAUGAAGAGGGUAACUACACGCAAUACAAGGAGGUCAGCGCGAUGGAGUUUAUCGAAGGAACUGAUCCUGUUACUCUCCUUGGUACUCACAAUGCAAUUACAUUUAAAACAAAAGAGGAUAAAAAGCUUCUCAAGAAUGAGGACACCACAAAAGACAUCCUAGCAAAUUGUGAAGAUCUCAAGGUUCUCGGAAAGAAAGAAUUCAAGCAGUUGAUGAAAUGGCGAAUCAUCAUUCGUGAAGAAAUGGGUCUUGAAGUUAGAAAGAAGGACAAAAAGGAAGAUAUCGAUGAAUCAAAUAUCGAAGAGCUUCCUGUAAACCCUGAUGAGCAAAUUGCUGAAGAUAUUGAGCGUAUUGAGAAUGAAGAUAGUGCACGUGCUAAGAAGGAGCGUAGAAGAAAGAAUGAGAAACGUACGAAAGAAGUACAACGUAUGCAGCUCAAGAUGGGUGCUCCAAUUGAUAUCGGUUUGGAGCAAGAUCAGCACCUGGAUGACGACGUUUACAUACCAGAUCAAAAAUCUAAAGGCGAUAUCUUUGAUUUGAAACACACCCAGAAACAUCUCAAGGGACGCAACAUCGACGAAAUAGAAGAAGACGAAGGAUCUUCAGAAGAAGAACCAGAAGUAGCUAAAUUUGAAGAUGCUUAUGAAGAUGAGGAAGACAAAUUAGACCGCCUUGAAGCUCAAAUGGACGGUAUGUAUGAAACAUACCAAGAAAAACUUGGUGAGAAGGAUCGUAAACAUCAAAUUAAAGAAGCUCGUCGUAAGGAUAAGAAUAGAGAGGCAUGGGGAGGUAUCCCACGCCGCGGUGAUGACGAUGAGGAAUCUGAAGAAUCUGCCGGAGAAGAAGAGGAAGAGGAAGAAGAAUCUGAAGGCGAGUAUGGAUAUGAGGCUAAGGAGAAACAUCGUAUGCAAUUAGACCAAGAUUCAUCAGAUGAAGAAGAAGUCGGUACUUCAAAGAAACCUGCUAAGAAGUCAAAGGUAGACAGGAAAACGCAAGAUGAGGCUGCUGCGAAUGUAUGGUUUGGUAACCCGCUCUUCAAAGACGUAGACGGUAUUGCUGAAGAAAGCGAUGAAGAGGAAGAAGAGGAAGCAUCCGUCAUGGAAGAAGAUGAGGAUGAAGAAGAGCCAGCAGAGGAAGACGAAGAAUCAGACGGCUUUGAAGUUGUUCCACAAGAAGAUGAUGGCGAGAUGUGGGAUGUCGAUGAUGAAGACCAGGAUGCAGCACGUCAAAAGCGUAUAGAGGAUACUGGUUUGAUUACCGAAGAAGCAAUGUCUCUUGCGUACCGUCUGAAGAACGGCAUGACUACAAAAUCUAAACUCUUAGAUGAAGGAUUUAACAAACAUGCCACCAAUGAUAGAGAAAAUCUACCAGAAUGGUUCACAAAUGACGAGCGUAAAAAUUACAAGGUCCACAUACCAAUUACCAAGGAAGCGGUCGAGGCACUCAAAGCAAGACAGAGAGCUAUUGACGCACGUCCAAUCAAGAAGCUUGCUGAAGCUAAGGCUAAGAAGAAAUACAAGGCCGUAAAGGCAGCUGAAAAGGCGCAAGCCAAGUCAGAGACCAUCAUGGAGAACCAAGAGCUUACUGAGAAGGAGAAGGCUAUGGGUGUCCAGAAGAUGAUCAACAAGACGAAAGCUAAUGCUAAUAAGAAGCGUGAAGUUAAAUUGGUCGUCGCUAGAGGUUCAGCUAAGGGUGUCAAGGGUCGUCCAAAGGGUGUCUCUGGUCGUUAUAGAAUGGUUGAUAGACGUUUCAAGACUGACAUCAGAGGUAUGAGAAAUGCCAAAAAGCGUGCGGAGAAUAAUAAGAAGCGUCGUAAAGCUUAAUCAAUUGUAUAUUAUGGAGCUUUUAUUAAUAUAUUUAUUUAUAA